AUGGGGCAUAAGGAGCAUGGAGGGACUUGGCACAUGGAAGCAGCUCAACUGGGCACGCAAGGGAAGAAGGGAGAAGCCAUCUUGAAGACCAGCUCGACCGUCUACUCGACCAACCGGUCGAGUUCCUCAACUCGACCGGCCAAGCUUCAACUCGAUCGAGCUGGGAAGUCAAAAUCCUGGAUUAUUUGCUUUAUAUUUGCACUUGCUUAUUUCAAUAAUAGCGCUUAUCUUGCUAAAGCUGAUCAGAGAAUUGGAAUCCGUAUUGAGGUCUCUGACACUGGAAAUGACCAGUUUCAGCAUUUGGUAGAGCAGAUUCUAGCUUGUGGAGUUAGACACGAGCUGCUUCCUGAAGUAGACAAACAGAGACAUCAUCUCCCUUCAAGCAAAGUUUUAAACAGAAAAACAAAGGCAGUGUUCGUCUCAUCUUCUUCUUCUUCUUCUUCAGGGUAUUUUGAGAGCAUCAGGGACGUAUAUUGGGAAAACCCGGCAGUGAGGGGAGAGAUAAUCAGUGUUUACAUUUAUGUUUAG